AUGGAUUCUUAAGUAUCUGAAACACCUAGAAGUGGGCGUCAUCCUGAUGAUACCCAUUAAAAACCAGGAAAUUAGGGAAAUAAUAAAAACGAUUAGCCAAUAAACAGGGGUUAAAGAAUUGAGCAUGUUCCAGGAUCUGAAAUUCAAAUAAGUCCUAAAUUUACAGCAGGAGAACCAAAUACGAAGAUUUUUUCUGUGAAAUUCAAUUAUGAAGACAAAUAUAUAGCAUGCGCCUGUGAAAAUGGAACAAUUAGAGUAUAUAACACAAGAAAUGGCGCUUUAACCACAACAUUUUCUUCAUCUCGUCCUAACAUUCCUUUCAGUUAUGUUAGAUGGAGACCUCCUGGUCAUUCUUUUAAAACUAAGAAUGUUUUUGUCACUUUAAAUUCAGAAGGUGAAAUAUAGCACUUCCAUUUAGCUUCUGGAAAAUUGCUCUCAACUAUUAAGCAUGACUCUUUCGAUCCCUAGCUUUUUUGCCUUGAUUAUAACUUAGAUACAACUAAAUUCUCAGUUUGUGGAAGUGAGCCAAUAAUUAAAGUAUACGAUGAAGAGACAAGAAAACUUGACGUUAAGUUAGGUGGUGAAUAAACUUUCCCUCCUGGACACAGCUCUCGUGUUUAUUGUGUUAAAUAUGAUAAAGAAGAUCCUAAUGUAAUUUAUACUGGUGGUUGGGAUUACAGAGUAAUUAUUUGGGAUUUAAGAGAAAAUAAACCAAAAAAGAAUGGUAUUUAUGGUCCUUUAAUUUGCGGUGAUGGUAUUGAUUUAUAUGGCUAGUAUAUAUUGACAAGUUCUUGGACUAACUCAAAUCAAUUAUAAAUUUGGGAUAGACGUAAUUAUAAACUAGUUAGCGAUAUAGAUUGGGAUGGAACUCUUAAAACAACUUUUGAUCCAGUCUUCCUUUAUUCUGGUUAAUUCUCUAAAGCUGAUGGCACUUUGAUAUUAGCAGGAGGUUCAAAUACAAACGAAGUUAAACUGUUUGAUAGAGAAAAUUAAAAUAAGGCAUUUUGUUGUAUAACAGAAUUAUCAAGAGAAGUAAACACUGUUGAUUUUGGUAAUGAGGGAGAAAUGUUUGCUUUCUCUGGUGGUGAUGGUCUUCUUCGUGUUUUCCAAAUGAAUAUAAAAGCUUGA